AUGGCUAAACCAGACUCGACAUCCAUAAACCAAGAUGAAUUCACAUUCCAUCCUGACCAUAUAACCCCCCAAACCUUUGACACCCUCCUAUCCCUCUACCCGAAAACAGUAGAGCAAGCCUACAGCCACAAAAUAAGACAAAAACGAUCAAAGUCCAAGUCAACAAAGCGCAAGACAGACACAGACACAAACACAAACACAAACACAAACACGAAUCUCGACCACAUCACCGAAGAAACAAACAAAUACAUCGAACUAGACAAAUGGCGCUACGAGACUCUCCCAGAUAUCCUCGCAAAGCGAGCCGAGGAAAAAGGACCAUACCUACUAAAAGAGGAAUUAGUCAAUCUCAUGGACUGGAAGCUAAAACACGGCGUCUCCCGCCCAAUGCUCAUGGGAAUGAUCAAGUCAAACACAGACUCAACGAUUGAAAAAUCUACAGCGACGGCAUUCGCUACACUCCCUGUGACAGAAGAAUUCCCCAAAUCCAGUCUCGAUGCUCUUACGACCCCGCUUCGAGGCGUUGGACCUGCGACUGCGUCGCUGGUUUUGUCUGUUGCUUCGAUUCCGCGGGGCGAUGGACAAGAAGUCCCGUUUUACAGUGAUGAUGUUUAUCUUUGGGUUUGUUGCAUGGAUUACCCUGGGAUGAAGAAAGGGGGAAAUGGGGAGUUGAUUGCUAAGUAUGAUUUGAAGGAGUAUCGGGAGUUGUGGGGUGCGACGCGGGUGUUGCGGGAUCGGUUGAAUUUGGCUAAGGGUGGAGGGAUUUCGCUGGUUGAUGUUGAGAGGGUUGCUUAUGUGCUGCGCAAUAUUGGGGUUUCUGGGUAUGAUUGGUUUCCUGUUGAGGAUGAGGUGGUGGAGAAGAGUGAGGUUGGUGAGAGGCGGAGUAAGAGGGUGAAGCGGUAG